AUGGCGGUGGAGGCGGCGGUGGCGUGGUAUGAAGAGUUGCGAGAGGUCGAGCGCCUCGAGCAGUCCAUGCAUAAGCAGAUAGGGUCCAUCUCCAAGAAGUUGAUGAUGGUCAAGGAUUUGUCAGAGGCGGAGGUGGCCAAGCUCAAGGAAGAGCGCACGUUCGUGCAAAAGGAGAUUCUGCGGCUCGACCUUGAGAUGCCGCCGAGGCCGGAUUUCUCAGGCAUGACCGAGGCCGAGCGAGCGGCGACGGCGGAGAGGCUGAGGAGAGACGAGCUGACCUGUGCGCUCCGCCUUACGCAAGAGCGCGACCCCAGGGGUCGGGCGAUGGAGGCCUUUGCUCGCAUCGUCGACUUCGAUCCCAAGCAGGGGGGCCGCUACUACAACCGGUACACCCUCGUCGACCUCACCAAAUUCGACCUCGAUGAAGAGUCAUCCAUUGGUCCGAUGAGAUAUAUCGACUCCCCCUACAAAAAAGAGAGCGACUUUCUCUGGCUGUGUAGGGCUGUAAACUUCCUGUCCGUCAAGAUACGCUGUUUGGAUGUUGGCUACCCAAUCUGUGUCUAUGGCACUAUCAUUGUCAGGGACAGUGUCGAUGUGAGAUGUGUUUAUCACUUCCGCCGCGACAGUGACAAUUGCCAACUCAUCAAUUCUGAGGCUGAAUCAUUGAUCUUGACGGGGCCGAAACGUGGCCUCGCAUUGACUGGAGAUAUCUAUGUGGAGACUGAUCUGAAGGUGAAGGAUGAUCUAGUACAGGACAGAGAACUUAGUAAAGGACUCAUAAGCAUCAGGAGCGCAUCAACUGGUCCAUCGGUGACGGGAUACACGUUGCAGACCAAAUCUCUUGCUACCAGGCUCAGUACUGUGGAUGUGACUUAUACAGUCGUGGAUCGUGCACUGGAGGGAACUAUUGCAGUUGAAGUUCUGCAGGGAGGUUUUCAUGGCAAAAUCACUGCCUACACUGCCAACAUGCAGUACAAGCUUGUGCUUUAUGAUAGCAAAGAGGCUGAUGCGAUGACUGUUGACGAUUGUGGAGUUCUCGAGCUUAUGCGACCUGUUGUAUCUGUCUAUGUGAAGGAUUUGCUGAUGAUUGCUGCCCAGACCAGUGAUGGUAAAUCUGAGCGCAUAGUAUUCACUCCAAGGAUCAACGCCAGAGAUGAACGCCCACUUGCUGUUGGUGCAACCAAGUUGCGGGUGAAGCUUUCUUGGUCAGUAAUGAACCCCUGA